GAUAUAAAAAUAUUACAAUUGAGAUUACUUUCUAAAUUUCAUUAUUUAGAAUUAUUCGAAUCUUAUUUGAAAAACUAUCUGAAUCUCCCUUGGGGUGGAGAGAAAACUCACCCUUUUUAUAAUAUUAAAUUUGGUCA